CGUCGGGACAUGAAUCUCGGGCGGACCAGUGGGUGACUGCUGCAACACAACAGUUUGUCCUCAAACCUCCUGCAGAGGAAUCCACCUGAUCUCUCUCUAUUACUCAUUAUCUAACCAUCAGGACUCUACAGCAGCAGCAUGUCUCUGGCUGCGGAGGCCUUCGUGUCUCAGAUGGCAGCUGCUGAGCCUUGGCCUGAAUCUGCCACCUUGUACCAGCAGCUGAAGGAGGAUCAGAUUCUGCUGUCAGACUGCGCCUCAUCUCUCGCUGUUCAGGCCUACCUCAGGAUGUGUGGUCUACCGGUGCAGGUGGUCUGCAGAGCAAAUGCUGAAUACAUGUCACCUUCUGGUAAGAUUCCUUUUAUCCACGUAGGGAACCAGGUGGUGUCAGAACUGGGUCCGAUAGUGCAGUUCACCAAAGCCAAGGGUAAUUCUCUGAGCGAUGGCUUAGACGAUGUUCAGAGGGCUGAAAUGAAAGCGUACAUGGAGCUGGUCAACAACAUGCUGCUUACUGCUGAGUUGUACAUCCAGUGGUGUGAUGAUGCUACAGCUGCUGAGAUCUCUCGUCCCAGAUACAGCAGCCCGUACGCCUGGCCUCUCAGUAACAUCCUGGCCUAUCAGAAGCAGUGGGAGGUUCGCAGGAAGAUCAACGCCAUCGGCUGGGGAGGGAAAACUCUGGAGCAGGUUUAUGAGGAUGUGAGUCAGUGCUGCCAGGCUCUCUCCCAGCGGCUGGGAACACAGCCGUACUUCUUUAAUAAACAACCUACAGAACUGGAUGCGUUGGUGUUCGGUCACCUCUUCACCAUCUUGACCACCAGACUGACCAGCACCGAGCUGGCAGAGAGGAUCAAGAGCUACAGCAACCUGCUGUCCUUCUGCAGACGCAUCGAACAGACCUACUUCGAAGACAAGAGCUCCUGAAGGGAACAAAAGCUCUUCUGUAUUUAUCUCCUCUCGUACUGUACAUUCGGCCCUUCCUUCUCUCAUUCCCUCUCUGUAGCACCGAUAAGCUAAACGCUGCUCAUAUUCACACACACACGUCCCCUCGUGAUUCUUGCUUUCUUUCCCCCGUUUGCUUCGUACAUGUACGUAGUUGCAUGCUUCUGAUAGGAGUCCUUUUAAGGAUUAAGAUGUGCCCAGUGCUUAUAGAUAAAGAUACCUCAAAGUCACAGUAAAGAUCAGUCUUAAGGGAGCACCAACACAUGUAUACCAUCUAAAAAGAUGUUUCCAAGUUAAACACACAUAAUAAAUAAUGACUUUCACUAAUCUGCACAACUCUUUUUGUUAAAAACUUUUUGUUUAAGCCACAAAACACAGACCACGGAGUCUUCACAUUUCCAGCACUUUGGGAAUUAAAUAAAAAUACGGGUGAUAGUAAUGCAACUCUUCACAGAUCCCAGAAGGAGGUCAGAGGUCGGGGGUUAGCUGCAGAUGAUCUGACAGUCAGAUGGAUGCUCCCCAACACAGAGGCGUAGACUUAUUUAUAUGCUCUCUUACACAGGAAUAUUGUGACAUGUAUCAUGGUGCAUUUACAGAUAUAUACCUACAGACAGCUGUGUGACGUGGCGUGUAAGAAAUGUGAGGCAGUGUUGCUUUUUCUACCGUACAAAAGCAGAAAGACAUGAACGUAACGACGAAGAGGAUGUGACUUCAUCCUUAGUUUCUCCACCAUUAUUGUUUUCUUUGGAAGUGCCUACAGAAUAAAAGUCAUUAAAUUUAA